AUGAUGCAGAGCAGGUCCUUCUUGGACAGGUCGGCUGCCCAAAAAUUGGUCGAUCCUGCGAUCCACAGAGCUGUCGAGUUCCGUACCACGUCUGCCCGGAUCCAGACUGCACAUGCAGAGUCGGUCGGACUGGGCGCGAUUGCCUCAGACGAAGAUGUUAACAUCGACGAGAUACGCCGUGAUGCUCUGGAGAACACUGGAAGCAUUGCCCUACACGAGCAGCAACUACUGGCUCAAGAUGACCUACGCCGUCAACGCCAACAGAUGCAACACCAACUUGAUGAAGUCCUCAGGGGACUAAGCGCGAAGGGCACUUUACCAGAAGUUGCCAGAAGCAAGGAUCAAAUUCGAGCCCAACGUACUGCAUGCCUUCAGUUCCUUCUAGACACCAACAAACACGCAUCAGAAGAAGAGCGAUUGAACUUUCCUGAGCAUCAGACUGCUGCAAAACAACUUGGAGUCCUCGUUGCCAAUGAGGCUCGAACCGAAGAGCACAUCUUGUGGGCGCUAGGAUCAGAGGACGCUAUGAUCAAAGACUACUGGACUGUGGAUGAGCUCUUCGAAGCUCUGGUCAUUGCUCGUAGAGUAGUCGACGACGUUAAUCGGGUCAAAGAACGUAAUGCUGAGUACUGGGAAAUGAUCCAAGAAGGCAAAACACCCUUCGACAAUCUAUAUGCGAAGCUCAGCAUAGAUUUGGAGAAGAUCGACCAGAAGGCCGAUGCAAGAGGACAGGACGCGGCAAAAGUUACCAAGAUCAUACACGACAAUUUGGAGUUGGUUGUGGCUUCUACAGGCAGUAAUCCCAAGCGUAAGCGACCCUCUGCCAUCGAUACCACAUUGGCCAACACUGAUGACGCCUCGAUCGCUGGCCCAUCCACUGCUCCUAUCACAAAGCCCUCCUUGGUUGUAGCUCUGCGUCUACCGAGAUCUUUCUCUUUCAGCCAACUUUCUCGCCCGGUUCAAGUUCCACAACUCAACACCACAUCUACCAACAUCACAGCAUCUGGCCAGGCCUCACCUGCACAGCCUACGCCAUCAGUUCCAGCACAAUCCCCACAAGACUUCGACCCCGAUCUCAGACGCGGAUCGGUUACUUCGACGAGAUCAAUGCCUGUUGACUUUGAACAAUCCGCUGAAAGACCAACCAAGUACGUGGCGCCUGCAAAGAGAGGUCGAGGACGACCUCGCCAAGAGCCUCAGCCUCCUCAACCUGCGGCUUCCUCACACACCCCCGGGCUUCGGUCUCCGGUACGCGAGACUCGACCCAAUACUGCAAUGGCGAUUCGAGAUGACCCGCGCGCACUUCCACGAGACACUCCACCGCCAGAAGCAAUCCCCCGAAUCGUACCACAAAUGCCCCAGGCACUCCAAUCACAACGCUCAACUUUGGUGUCCAGAGAUUACCGGAAGAUGUCACAGCGCGAAUUGGUUUCUGAGCCGAGAAUGGAGUUUACAUGGAGUUCAAUAAGCAUCCACUGA